AUGCGGCACGCAAACCACCCGGCCCUCUACCGCGGUAUCCCACCCGUCAUCGACUGCUCGGCCUGGAACAACGGACUCAGCCCGGCACUGAUCAUAUCGCGGUGUUCCGCAAUGAUCGUUGGAGCGCGUUGGCAGAAGUGGUUGACUUCGCAACAGACCUUGCUCACUGCGGCCUUCGACAUGUCGGCAUCAGCGACCGGCGUGCAUCACAGGCCUCUGAUCAAGCAUGUCCAAAGCCUCUUCAACGCAGGUCGAGGUCCGGGACUCUCGCUGGCUGGGUGCCCGAACAUCGCCCAUACCUCAGCGUCGACAGCCGACAUGCUCCCAGUCGUCGACCCUCGCUUCAACUGUCUCCCAGGCCUGGGCCGUCUGUUCCAGCCACGCACAAUCGGGAUGGCGCUGAAGCUGGCGUAG